AUGAAACGUCCCAGUCCAUCCUUAAAAGGACCUGUUGCCGAAGCAAAGACCAUACACAAAUACGUGGAUGACUACCCGGAGGAGAGAUAUAAAGCGUUAGGGGUCGUAUUGGAACGCCCCAGUCCAUUCUUAAAAGGACCUGUUGCCGAAGCAAAGACCAUACACAAUACAGGGUCUUCCUCCCCGGUGUUAGUGAAUGCUAUGAAGGGAAGAAAAAUCUUUCAACAAACUCUAGCGCAAUGA